CCCUCUGGAUUUUUAAGAUCUUGAAUCCCGAAUGAUUCGGCACUACUAUUUUGUCUGAACCGGCUGCUCAACCCUAUCAACGUUAUUCCCCGGCUCAUCCUACUUCUCUCCUAUUCUUUUGCAGACACUGGCUUUUGCAACUGAGGCGCGCACGACGGUUCCACCCAAUUAUCACAACCAGAAUCAACGCUUUCACAAACUUAUACACCAAAAUGGGUUCCACCACAACCAAGGAUCUUCUGAGCCAGCUCCUCACCCAGGACAUCUUGGAGAGAUCGGCCUCGCAGCCCAUCUACUUGUCUUCCGUCGAAGUCAAUGGGGGUGAGACCUUCACCACCGACUUCUUCAAGAAGCUCUUAUCACCAUUGGUGGAGCACAGCGACUACACCUUGAGCCAGUUGAUCGACACGAUUGGAGUGUCUCAUGACAAGCUCCUCAAGACAAAUGUGUUCAAGAACAUCGACAUUAGCUUGCAUUCCGACUACAGCGCCUUGUUGCCCCAAAACAUCAAGAACUAUAACAAAGACAAGCCGGUGGCCACCAAGGUCAUCUUCGACUUGCUGUCCAUCAACUUGAAUAUCGGCGAGGGCUUCUUUAACGUGAACAACGAGGAGUACUUGAACAUGAAAUUGAACUACUUGAACAACAACUUCAAUGAAAAUGCCGAGUUGGUCAACAUCGGGGUCGACUACAACCCCUACAAGCCCACGGACCACUUGAUCACCAACGCCAAGCUCUUGGCCAACUUGAACAACCCGUCCAUCAAGUUCUUGGUGGACGUCUUCCAUUCACAGCAAAACAACCAGACGUGGCAACAGUGCUCGGAGGGUGCCACUGGCGGGAUCAUUGGGUUGCAGUAUAACAAGGGCAAGUCCUUGAGCUUGUUGUCAGGAUUGUCGAUAGCCAGACGUUCCAUCCACAACAUCGACGACGCUGCGCCCGACGAGUUGAAGUUCUUUGCGGGCGACUACUUGAAGUCGUCCAUUGUCAACCAGUUGGCGUACUCCAAGGUGGGCUACUUGAACCACAUCACCAAGAACUUUGGCGUACGUGGGUUUGAUGCCGCGGUGUCCAACGAGAUCUCCUCCAACCAGGAGCAGGACAACGUCAAGAACCAGACAGUAUUUAUUAAGACCUCGGUGGCCCUCAACUACUACCAGUCUGUUUUCAACAAUUUCUUCACCACUCACUUGUCAGGCCAGGCUGGCGCUAUCUACACCCCAACUGUCAACGCUCCCGUGCACAUUUCCGACCGUUUCUACUUGGGAGGCGUCCAUUCGUUCAAGGGCUUCACCCGCAACUCGCUCAACCCCAACGGUGGCUUGCAGUUCUACAACCUCUCGGCUACCGUGUACUCCAAGUUGCCGUCAUUUAUCUAUCAGCCACGCCACGCCAACCCAACUCUCCUCGAGGAUGGCUCGUCCAACGAGGCCAACCCCUUGAGGUUGUACUCCACUGUGGCCGUGGGCAAUGUUGACAACGACAUCUUGGGCAAUCCCAACACUGGCGCCACCACUGCUGGCUUCGGCUUGCGCUACUUCAACCAUUGGGCCAACUUCGAUAUCGGGUACUACUUCGCCAGCCGGUUUGGGGUGCAAUCGCAGGCGGGUGUUAGCGACGGGCUCCAAUUCGCGGUGUCGAUUGGUGGCUCCAACCGUACCAUCUAGCACGACGCGGACUCCCAUCUACCGCGGUGGGCCUAGCUUUACGCGUCGAAAUCCUCAAUAAACAAACCACCGCGUCGCACUGCGAUUC